AUGUUGCUGCUUCAGUGCAGGCAUGGAGCCUCUUUUCCUAAGCUAGAUAACUUGGUACCAAGAGGAAAAAUGAAGAUUCUCCUGGUCUUUCUCGGUCUGCUUGGUAAUUCCAUUGCUAUGCCAAUGCACAUGCCGCGAAUGCCUCGAUUUAGCAGUAAAAGUGAGGAGAUGAUGCGGUAUGGUCACUUCAACUUUCUGAACUCCCCACAUUUGCCGCACUUCGGCCCCGUGUAUGGACAUGGUUUGCAACUCCCUCAUCAGUUCCCACCAUACCAGAUGCCCAUGUGGCCUCAGCCACCACCAAACACAUGGCAGCCACACAAACCCUCAGCAUCCAAACGCCAAGGCAAGACUGACCAAACCCAAGAUACCCAGAAACCCAACGAAACUCAGCCAAAAAAGUCAUCACAAAAGCGGCCUUGGACACAGCCUCCACAUGCCCCAACCGAUCCCAAAGAAGACGAUCAGCCACCUCAGGCAUUCCCACCAUUCGGCAACGGGCUAUUUCCCUAUCAUCAGUCACCGUGGCAGAUCCCACAGAGGCUACCACCGCCAGGUUAUGGCCGCCCACCAGCCAGCAAUGAAGAAGGAGGGAAUCCUUACUUUGGAUAUUUUGGAUAUCAUGGCUUUGGAGGUCGCCCUCCUUACUAUUCAGAAGAGAUGUUUGAACAAGAUUUUGAACAACCAAAAGAGGAAGAUCCUCCUAAAGAGGAGAGUCCAGCCAAAGAACCCACAGUUAAUUCAACAGUUACCGAGACUAAUUCUACCCAACCAAAUCCCAGAGGGGCUCAGGGAGGAAAUGAUACCACCCCGACAGGGAAUGGUGGUCCAGGGGUAAACACUGGGGGCAGCCCUACAACCCAAAAUGGGGGCAGCCCUACAACACAAAAUGGGGGCAGCCCUACAACCCAAAAUGGGGGCAGCCCUACAACACAAAAUGGGGUCGUCCCACCCCCUGCAGUCAACACUUCAGUCCAGGGAGUGCCAGGAAGUCAAAUUCCGCGGAGACCAAGUCAGCCAAACCUUCACGAAAAUUAUCCGUAUCCUAACAUACGAAAUUAUCCUUCAGGAAGACAGUGGUAUUCCACUGGAACAGCCAUGGGGCGCAGACAGAGUUGGCCUUUUUACCACAAUCAACAAUUUCAACAAUUUCAACAAUUUCAACAGUUUCAAAGGGGUCCUCGGUGGAACUCCUUUGCUUUGGAGAGUAAACAGGUAGCUCGUCCAAUAAAUCCAACUUAUCAAAAAGCUUAUCCUUCCACUUCAAGAGGCAAUUAUCCCAAUUAUGCAGGAAACCCAGCAAAUAUCAGAAGAAAGCCUCAGGAGCCUAAUAAACACCCUGUGGGAACCAAUGUUGCCCCACUGGCUCCCAAACCCAGUACUGUUAAUCACAAUGAAAAAGUCCAAAAUCCAAGCGAGAAGCCACUAGGUCAAAAAGAAAGAGCAGCCAUUCCUACAAAGGAUCCAAGUGGCCUCUGGAGAAACUCUCAACAUUACGGAGUUACUAAAUCAAAUGACAAACUGCCUCCCCCUGAAAAUAACAUGCCAGUUCCAAAUUUUAAUUCCAUCAAUCAACGUGAAAACUCCUAUUACCAAACAGGAGAUUCCACAAAAGUCCCCAAUUCUAAUGGACAAACCCAAAGCCAGAAUUUGCCCAAAGGGAUUGUUUUAGAGCCAAGAAGAAGUCCAUAUGAAUCUGAAACUAACCAGCCAGAAUUAAAGCACAGUACUUACCAGCCUGUAUACCCGAAGGAAAUCCCUUCUCCUGCAAGGGGACAUUUUCCUGCUGGAAAAGAUACUUGGAACCACCAAGAAAUCUUUCCACCUUUCAAGGAAGAUCCUGGGAGGCAGGAAGAACAUUUACCUCAUCUUUCCCAUGGCUAUAGAGGAAGUGUUUUCUACCCUGCAUAUAACCCCUAUGGUCCCAGGGAAAACUCACCAUACGUUAGAAGCAAUAUGUGGGAUGAGAGAGUUGAUUCUCCCAAUACUAUGGGGCAACAAGAAAACCCACUGUACCCCGUAAACACUCCAGACCAGAAAGGGGGAGCCCCUCAUAAUGAAGAGGACCCAAUUGAUCCAACUGGAGAUGAACCUUUUCCAGAACAAAAUAGAUGGGGUGAGGAGCUGAGCUUUAAAGGAGGCCCAACAGUGAGGCACUAUGAAGGUGAGCAACAUACCUCAAAUCCACCAAAGGAAUAUCUUCCCUAUUCCCUAGAUAAUCCAUCAAAACCCAGGGAGGAUUUUCCUUAUCGUGAAUUUUACCCCUGGAGCCCGGAUGGGAAUUUUCCAUCAUAUAAUACAGCUCCUACUCUACCACCACCUAUAGAGAGCAGGGGCUAUUAUACUAACAGUGCUGUUAGACGAGAAGAAAGCACUUUAUUUCCUUCACAGAACUCCUGGGACCACAGGAUUCAAGCCCAAGGGCAGAAAGAAAGAGGGCCAUAUUUUUACAGAAAUUUCUGGGAUCAGGCAACAAAUUUACACAAAGCCCCAGCUAAUCUGCCAGAACAGAAAGAGAACCAUCCCUAUUCCAGUAACUCCCCAGCUGGGCUUCAGAAAAAUCCAAUGUGGCAUGAAGAUGAGAAUUUGAACUAUGGCAUGCAAAUUACUAGGCUGAAUUCCCCAGAAAGAAAACAUCUGGCUUUCCCAGACUUAAUUCCUCAAAGUCACCCAUCAUAUCAAAAAGAAGCACAUUUAUUUCACUUGAGCCAGAGAGGUUCCUGCUGUGCUGGUGGCUCCCGGGGGCCCAAGGAUGACCCGCUGGCUCUGCAAGACUAUACUCCCUCCUACGGUCUUGCACCAGGAGAGAACCAGGACACCAGCCCUUUGUAUAUGGAAGGUAGCCAUCCCAAGCAUGGAAGACAUGUAGUCUCCCCAACAAGUAUCCUACCUGGCCAAAGGAACAGCUCAGAGAAGAGACUGCCUGGGGAAAGCCAAAACCCAAAUCCUUUUAGAGAUGACGUAUCCACUCUGAGGAGGAACACACCAUGUUCUAUGAACAAUCAGCUGGGCCAAAGGGGAAUUAUACCCCUUCCCGAAGCCGGUUCCCUUCAAUCAAAGAAUACACCUUGUCUCAAAAGUGAUCUUGGAGGAGAAGGGAACAAUGUUCUGGAACAGAUUUUUGAAGACAACCAGCUCAAUGAAAGAACUGUUGACCUAACUCCUGAGCAGCUUGUUAUCGGUACCCCUGACGAAGGCCUCAAUCCAGAAGGUUUCCAAAGUGAAGUCCAAGGAAAUGAGAGUGAGAGGCAGCAACAAAGACCGUCUAACAUCCUGAAGUUACCAUGCUUUGGCUCCAAAUUAGCAAAGCAUCACUCUUCCAGCCCUGGACCUCCAUCUAGCAAUGGAAGGCAAAGCCCAUUUGACGGGGAUCCAGUAAUGCCUACGGAAAAUCCUAACACAUUGGUUGAGUUAGCUACUGGGGAACAAUAUACGGGUAUAAAUGUAGACCCACUUAAUGCAGACGAACACACUCCAUUUGAAUCCUUUCAAAGAGGGGCCAAUCCACAGGACCAGGUACAAGACUGCUUACUGCUUCAGGCCUAG